AUGGAUCAGCUCGCACAUGAAACAGAACGCUUAUUCAAUCUUUGUGAUCGAGAGAAUAAAGGCUACCUUACCGUAAACGAUCUUAAAGCGGCCUGUCCGCAGUUCAGUGGUAUGAAACGACGUGCAAGUGUAGUUGAAGUUGAGAGCGAUUGCGGUCUUGUAUCGCAUCAGUUUGAUUUUUCAACGGUCUACGAAGGCACUUCAGAAACUGAGAACAGCGAUUCAUUCUCGCUUUCGGAAAGUUUGAAGGGAUCUACACGUGGUGACACGGUCGUAUAUAAUUCAGAUUCGGACGCAUACAAUAAAAUCGAUCUUACCGUUCCAUGCCAAGAUGAAUUACUAUUUCUUUAUGAACAACUGCAAUCAUCUGGUAUGCCAGAGAUUUUACAUCGCUUUGAAAAAGUGGUGAGCAAUUUUUGCAAAACAAUGAAGGAUCAAAGAGACGAAAAUGCUAGAUUGCAGCAAGUCUUUGAAAGUGAACGACAGUCGUACAGUCGUAGAAUGCUGGAGGUGGAGAAUGAAAUUGAUCAGCAUAUAUCGAAUGCUGAAAAGAAGGCCCGUGAUGAGAAGUUGAAGGAAAGGAAACGAUUGGAUCAAGAGAAAGAAGACAUGAGGUUACGAAUGGAGCAAGAGAUGGUUGAACUGAGGAAGAAUAUAUUAUCAAUGCAGAAGAUGGAAGACACAAUCAAAAAUAAAGGUGUAAAAGGAGAACAAGCGAUGGAGUUGAAGGCAAAGUUGCAGGAUUUGAGUUUCGAGAAUGAAAACCUGAAAUCGAAUUUGGCCGAAGCACAUCUGGAAAUUGCUGUCAUCAAAUCAGAAUUGNGAAUACGAAACGAGAUCGAUGCGAACAAGAAAUUGCAUGAUACAAAUGAUAGCUUGCGAGAAGCACUUGAUCAACGAACGUUAGCAUACAAACAAUUGAAUGUGAGAACGCCAUCACCUUUGUCGUUUCAUCGUGAACCUAUUGAGCAUUCAAUGACCGAACAAAAAGAGCUCAGCCAAGCAUCCAGCUAUGCCCCUGAUGAUGAUACAGAAAGCGGUCCCUCACUCACAAUUUGCUACGAUGACUAUCAGUCUGUCGGCGCGGAAGCUGAAAGCGACAAAACGUUGAAUACAUUUCAGAGUAUCGAUGAGGUAAACGGACCACCUGAAAGAACAUUCAGAAUUGUUAUGUGUGGUGAUGCGUCUGUUGGAAAAUCAUCCAUAGUUAUGCGAAUCACUAGAGGAAUUUUCAAAGGAGAUUUACCAAGUACACUGGGCAUUGAUUUUCAUGUGAAGAAUGCUCGAAUUGACGAGAAAAACGUUGCGAUCCAGUUAUGGGACACUGCAGGACAAGAAAGGGCAGAUGGGGCCAUCCUGGUAUAUGAUUGUACAGUUGAGCAAACGUUCCUUCGUGUUCGUGGCUGGAUAGAUACGAUUAAAGAGUCUACUUUAAAGCCAAUACCGAUACUACUUUGUGCUAACAAAGUUGAUCUUCGACGUGAUUCGGAUGAUAUGAGUCGUAAGGGAUACGUGAGCACGGAAGAUGGACGUUCCUUAGCAUCAACUGUGGGAGUUCUCUUUGCUGAAUGUAGUGCGUUAGAUGGAUGGAACGUUGACGAAGCGUUACUUUCCUUGUCAAGAAAACCUUGUAGGGAGUUGAUGGCAACCGAAGAUGUGGAAGUUCAGAGUGCGGGUGUGAUUUUAACACAGAAAAAGUCAAGCUCUUCUUGUUGCUAA